AUGCUCGCACAACGAUCAACAACAGCUCUGCGACCUCUGGCGAGCGCCUUCCGCCGUUCUGCCGCCCUCUGCUCGCCGCGAUCCGCUUCAUCUCUCCUCCUCGCGAACCGGGAACAACCACCGCGAACACGGCUUGCGGAGGAAUGGACGCCUGCUAGACGAGCAUUCUCGAGCUCCAGUAGCCGCCGAGGAAUGGAAGACCUCGUCAACAUCAUCCAAUCCUCACCCAACGACCCUGUAGCCAUCACUUCCCUCACUCCCAACGCCGGCUUCACCUUGACAGACGGCCUCGUUCUCCCCUCACCUAUCAUACUCUGUCCCGGAGGAUGCUUCAUGUGGGACGUUGCGCACCCCACGAAGAAUGGAGCGGAUGAGAUGGGCCGGGAAUGGGACGGGUGGAACGAGGAGAAGUUGAGGCUGUUUGAGGUGUUGAAUCCUAGACCUGAAAUCCUCCUCAUCGGCACCGGCUCCUCAACACUGCUCGCACCGCAAAGAGUCAAGCGCUACCUCAAUGGCUUGGGCAUCCAGGUCGACGUCCUCGAUUCGCGCAACGCCUGCUCAACAUACAACCUCUUGCAAGAAGAGGGUCGCCGCGUCGCAGCCGCCAUCUACCCCGUCUCGCACCUGUCCGCCCGCACCGGCAUUGUAGCAUGA